GUUACUGAGUAACAUAUUGCGUAAUAGCAUUCGGUUUUUCAACAUGUCAGAAGCAGUUAACGAAAAUCCGCAAUUCGAUGCCGAAAUUGAUACUCAGUAUGACGUGGCGCAUUGGUCACUUCGGGAGACACCGAUUCCAACUUGCGUAGAGAUCCUGAAUACUGGUUCUGACAAUUUUCGAACUGCUCACGGCAAUUUAGUUCAAAAUGUCAGAUAUGGAGAUGGACCUAAACAAAGUAUGGAUAUAGUCCGAAAACCAGGAGUUAGUGAUGAUGCACCGAUCAUGGUUUUUGUCCACGGAGGAUAUUGGAUUUUAACCGGUCGAGAUAUGUACCUGCAUAUUGCACAACCUGCCGUAACCAGAGGAUGGAUGGGAGUGAUUGUUGGAUACGAUCAAGCUCCAGAUGUUACGGUCACCACCAUUGUAAAUGAGAUUCGAGACGCCUACAUAUUUCUAUCAAAACGAUUCCCAAAAUGUCCGAACUUGACGUUUAUUGGGCACUCAGCUGGAGGACAUUUGAUUUCAAUGCUAUUGGCUACAGACUGGGAAAGUUACUGUCCGACACAAUAUAAAGAUCUUGUUCCUAUAACUAAAAGCGUUCCAAUAAGCGGAGUAAUGGAUCUCGGCCCGUUUGUACAUAUCAGUUAUAAUAAAGAUCUUCAAUUGACAAAAAAAGAAAUUGUUGACCUGAGUCCUGCACUUCAUAUUGACAAAGCUGUUAAAAACAUCAAGAAAUUUGGAACGAAAAUUAUAGCAGUUGUUGGCGAGAAUGAUCCUCCAAAAUUCUGCGAACAGUCGAGGGAUUAUAUAAAGGUACAAUUAAACAUCAGCGUUCCUUGGCGGUAUUGCUAUCACAACUGA